GAUUAUCUGUGGCUGAUUUAGGCAACCUAGUUACAAUGGUAUGGAUGUGUAUCUGUUUCACUCCAGCAUUUAUUGACGCGGAUUUACCAUUCGACACUACGGACUUGGCUUAUCUUGUGUCUGCAAUACCACAUUUCGCUUUCACCAGAGUCAGCAGUUCUAUCACUGCUUUUAUCUCGCUAGAAAGGUGCUUGAGCAUUGUAGCUCCUUUAAAG